GUAGACCAACCCACUGCAAGUUUAGAAAAGUCUUCCUCCUCUAUUCCCACGGCACAGUCGCGUGUGGCUGUAGUGCGCUGUGAUCGAGACAGCCUGCAUCCUCUGCUCCAGCCGAGGGACCAUUUCAAACUCUCACUGGAUAUUUAAACGUUUCAGAGGCACGCUCUCAUCGCCUCCUAGUGCGCGUCCCGAGCACUGACAUUUCUUGUCUUCUGGGGAAAUUUUGCCAAACCACAGGAAACCCUACGUGACAGCAUCAAAAGGAGCUCUUUCCACCCUGCACGUACAAGUUCUGAAAGAAGAAAUCAUGCUAAGGUAAAGGACUGUAUGAUACCUCAACCGUGGAUCUAAUCUUAAAAUCAGAAAAGGCUGAAAAAAGGGGGGAAAGAGCCCUCUGGGAAACACAAGUAAUGUCCAGUGAGCCUUUCCAUGCUGCCCACGUUGCUGUAGCCCCAUCUGUCAUCCCAAUGCCAACCUCUGCCGGAAUGUUUCAGAUGUUUCGUGAGUACCAGAGCAACACAGUCAUCAAAGAGCACUACAACCACACGGGCAAGCUUGAAGAGGCCAAGUACACAAACGGGCUCAAACCCGAGGCCAUCGCUUUCCUGCUGGUCUGCCUGCUCAUCGUUGCAGAAAAUGCUGUGGUGCUCCUGGCCAUCUGGAAGAACAAGAAGUUCCAUGUUCCCAUGUACUACUUACUGGGCAAUUUGACUCUCUCUGACCUGCUCGCAGGUUUCGCCUACAUGAUAAACAUCAUCACGUCUGGUGCCAACACAUUAAACAUGACCCCUGUGCAGUAUUUCCUGCGUGAGGGCUGUGUGUUCAUCAUGCUGGCCGCCUCUGUCAUCAGCCUUCUGGCCAUCGCCAUCGAACGCCAUGUCACCAUGGUGAGGAUGAAGCCAUACCAGGGGAACAAACAGGGGCGCAUGUUUGCUCUGAUUGGAGGGAGCUGGGUGCUGUCUGUGCUCAUGGGUGUCCUCCCAGUCCUGGGUUGGAACUGUAUGGGGAACCUGGACACGUGCUCCACAGUCCUACCGCUCUAUGCCAAGAGUUACAUCCUCUUCAGCAUCACCAUCUUCAGCGCCAUCCUCAUGGCCAUUGUGGUGCUGUACGUCCGCAUCUUCCGCAUCGUCAAGACCAACACCCAGCGCCUUGUUCCACAGCGGAAAGGUGUUUACCGCAAGUCCCAGAAGUACAUGGCCCUGCUAAAGACAGUCACCAUAGUCCUGGGAGUCUUCAUCGCAUGCUGGCUGCCCCUCUUCAUCCUGCUCCUGCUGGACUUCUACUGUCCAACCAAAAAGUGCAAGGUGCUCCUUAAGGCAGACUACUUCCUGGGCAUUGCUAUGAUCAAUUCUCUUCUUAACCCCAUCAUCUACACCCUGACCAGCAAGGACAUGAGGAGGGCCAUCAUCAGGCUAAUCUGCCGACCCUGCCUCGUAACAAAAGAUGGGCAGGUGAAGAAGAUCGGGAUGCCCUUCCUGGACUGCAGCACCACUAAGACUCACACAGAUGCAGCCUCUCACAGACUGGAGGGUCUGGACACGACGGUCUCCUCGGGUAACUUUACACCCUCGACCAUUAAAGCCAUUUAUCCCAGGAUAUCUAGGACAUGACACAGUGCCUCACUCUGAUUUAGCACCAACAGCAAGCACAUUUUAAAGUAAGAUGCAUUAUUAAUCAACGUGCAACAGAAGUAGAAGUUUUUAUGUUACACUCUGAAAUUGUUUGAGUUCUCAUGAACAGAUUAUGCCACACGUGUUUAAAAAUUCAAUGUAAAAAUGAUCAUUUCUGUUCAUAUUUCAUACAACAGUGUGACAGCUAAUAAUACUGCAUGUUUGUGUUAAUGUCCAAACUGGGACAAAAACUCUUUGUUAAAGCAUUCAAUGUAAAAAAGAAACAUGUUUGUAUUUUAUACAACAGUGUGACAGCUAAUAAUGGAAACAUCAGUGCCUUCAUGUCAUUGAUAGCUUAACGUUUCAUGUGAAAAAAAAGAAAAACAGCAUUAGUUCUUUAAAAAAAAAAAGUUUUCUGUGACUUCUUAACACGGCCAGUAUUCUGAUCAAACACUUAUCAGUGUUUGCACAUACAGAGGAAUCAAAGAGUAUGUGCAGAUGUUUCACAUAAAUGCAUUCUGAUAGAAUGAAGCUGAAGCUAAAGCCAAAGCACGAGAUUUAUCCUUAUCUCUCCUCGGCCUGUGCGGCACAUAAUGACAUGCUGUCACCGACACGGAGCAUCCACACCCAGAAAAGCUGCUGCCAAAACCCCAUGUAAUUUCUGCCAUGUGAGCUUUGGUCAGCAGCGACGUUUGAUAGAGGCCUCCCUCUCUGCCGACAUCAGAGGCUCAGCGGCGCGGAGAGGACGUCAUCUGGAGGGCUGAGCUGGGUGGUUCGCUGCUUUGGAGGUCCUUUUAACAUAUGUAGCGACACAUGAUUGAAUGCUUAGGAGCAAUAAAAGCUGACAGCGGAAGCUUGUUCACGCCUUCUUGGUUUGUCAGAGCAGAGUACGCCAGUGAGAUGGUUUCACUCUGGACUUUGGCGAAAGCUUGUUUUGAGAGCAUGAAAUGAUGCAAACGUACUUUUCUCAGCUUUAAGUGACGGAGCAGCAACUGAUCACAAGCCAGCAAAGAGUGUUCAAGCUUGUGAAUUUUAUUAAUGCAUUACUUCUUUUAGUACUGUACAUUAAUGAGAGUAAAAUAUAUAUUUACAAUUUUUGUACACACUGUAAAUAUCUAUAAACUAUCUGGGUUGUUUUGUACAAUCUUCAUUUAAGUUAUGAUGGCAGUUUUAUUAAUGCACUGAAUAAACAUUUGUCUUUAAAAUGC